GCAGAGACAGAACAUAGCGAAAGCGUUGGGGGCUCGAAGAAGGCUCGAAGAAGAGGAAGGCGGAGGAGGAAGAAAGGCGUGAGACGAAUUGGCACGAGACCACGAGGCAGGGGACCACACGCAGCGCAAGUCUGGCUGUCUGUCUGUCUGUCUGCGAGGGAAGGAUCUCUUGCACGCUCGAAGGAGGGGAGGAGGCGAGUCGAGGCAGAGGAGGACGAGGAGGGCGAGCGACGACGAGAGAAGAGCGAAGAGCGAAGAAGACGACGACGACGACGAUGGUGGUGGUGGUGGUGCUGUGGAGGUUUAGCGUGCAGCGAUGAGAGGCUCGGGAGAGGAGGAGGAGGAGGAGUAGGUAUAGGUUACGUGCGAUCGGAGGAUUAGUGGGGCUGCUGUUGGGCUCGGAAGGGAAAGAAAACGGCUGCGGAUUGGUGGUAGGAGAGUAGAGCAAGAGGAGGGCAUUUUAACCUAUACGCGAGAGUGUGGAGAACGAGACAAUUUGAAUGGUGCAGCUGUGGAGGGAAGUGGAAGACGAGGUCCGAGGAGUCGAAGAGUUCUGGUAGUGUGUGUCGGCAGGAGGAGGAUACGGUGUUUGCGUCGGUCGCCGUUGUGGGUUUCGCUGUGUUAGCUUCGUUUGCAUUGCGGGAAGAAAGAGGAGGAGGAGGAGGAGGAGGCAGAGAGGUUCGAGGUUUGCCCACGCUCGUACCGUAUGUGCGGCAUGUGAUUGAGGACGACAGUGGGUUUUCUCGCUCGAGAGCCUCGGUCGCUUGUCUGUAUUUCGUGUGGUCUCUCUCUGCUGACGGCAGGGUUCUGCUGUGAGUGGGUUUGCCAUCAGCUCUUGCCCUGUAUCGAGGCUUCGGGAGUUAGGCUGUGCCGUCGAUUAAAAAUAGGUGCAUGACGGGGGCGGGACCUUCCUCAGAUGAUAGGCCUCCGAGGCGUCCCACGCGUGCAUGCACUGCACGCACCCCCGCCAGGCUAGCACCUCCAGCACCGGUGCCUUCGAGAAAGGUCACCUCUCUGAAGAAGUUCAAUGCUGCUGCCGCCGCCGCCGCGGCUGCUCCUAAACCUUUGACGGAACCUUUCACCCCGAUUGUAUUGUCACAGCCUCGUUUGCCAGCUCAAGAGGACCGAUGGCAAUUGCGAAACAUGUGGGAACUGGCUUCCGUCCUUCACUUUCUCCAUGUUUUCCGUCCCGUUUUAAAGAUUGGGGAUGAUUUCACAGCAGAUGAAUUGGAAACCGCAUUGCUCACGCCCAAUAAUAGAUUGGGUAAUAUACAUAUCAUACUCUUGAAGGCAGUUCCUCCUGUGCACAGAAGUCCAUUGAACCUCGACACGUGGGUGACUGUUCUCACAAAGAAGCUCCAAAACUGGUGGCCUUGGGUGGCAGAAGGAGCUUGCCCACUUGUUCCUGCUCAUGGACAGGAGAUCGCAACCUACAAAGAGUUUGAUCCAGGAACCAGAUUGACAAUUUUGAAAGCGUUGUGCGAGAUCCGCCUUGAUCAAGAAGAUACGAGGACAUUUCUGGAGCAGAGUCUCAAACAAGGACAACCAGUCACAACCUUUCGGAAGGAGCGAAUAGGAGCAGAUAUGUACGGGACAACAUAUUGGUACUUUGAUGACCCUGCUCUCGGGCACAGGCUAUGCAGAGAUACCCGUGUCGACGUUAAAGUGAAGGGCAGAGUUCGUGCUCGAGAUUAUCCACCUCCUGUUGCAGGCCAGUGGGAGAUAGUUGCGACAAAUUUCGAAGAAUUCACUUACGUCGCGGAGAAAUUGUCCUCAAGCUCAAAUCGACUGGAGGCCGCUCUAGGAAAGAAAAUCACAUCUGAUAUUCUUCCGGAUCUUGAAGAGAUGCAGAAGAGAAAAGAGCGAACCUUGAAGAAGCAGCAAAGGCAGGCGGUGCUGCUGGACAACCUUAUGCAGGGUAACGGAUUAGCAGCUGGUCGCUCUCGCAGGGAUCGUAAACCUGUGUCAUACACUUUUGAUGAUUACGACCGUUCAAUCAACGAAGCCAUCAAGUACACCAAGAAACGGCAACCAUCUCCAGAGACAUCACACCAACAUGAUGUGAGAGGUCCUUUUGACAGAACUAACGGCGCAAACGGCCACUCAGGCAGUACGGACAUGUUAUCUCCAGCAGAUAUGAAUGGUAACCACGCGCCUGAAACGGAAGGUGUGACCAAUAUUUCAUCAAGGAGGCGACUGUCACGCAAGUCUCAACGGUAUUCGGAGAGCGAAUACGUGCAAACUAUCUAUGACGAUGUAGACACAUCUAGCGAUGAAGAGAUUGAAGGAGAGGCAAUCUAUGAUGAUGCUUACUACAUCCGAGAAAAGAAGCGGAGGAAGAAAGCUGCAUCGAGUGAUGAAGGUGAUGAUGAGGAGUACAAGGAGGAAGACGAGGCUGAGGAGGCCAAUCUAGACGAUGAUGAUAUCGAAGAUAGUGACGAGGAUGACGAGGACGGUUACUAUCAAAACAGUAGAGUUCAACAGCAAAGGCGUUUAGGAAAGAGGAAGAGGAAGGAGCACAAGCUGAAAUCCGUAGAUGAACUUCAAGGGGGUGGAGAUUUGUCCUGGUCGAAAGGGUUGCGGCGCAGCAAAAGAGCCACGAAGAGUGCAGUCGAUUAUAGUAAGUACGACGAGAGUGAGUUCGAAGACGAGGAGAACGCUGGAGAGAUUAGAGAUGUCCAGGACAGGAGUAGAGCAAAGGGUUCUCCGCAUGAUUCCGAUGCCUCAUUCGGGCCAAGUGAUAACUCCCAUGGCAGACGAUAUAGCGAUGUUGACAGUGAGGAUUCUCCCGGUGUGAAGGUGAACAAACAGAAACUUGAGAGACUGAAUGAUCGGAAGAGUGUGGGACUGUCCCAACUUCAUGACGAGAAACCAAAUAGAGGUUAUGGAACGGGUCCAUCAUUUCAGCCACUCGGUCCGUCACAUUUAAGAGGAGAAUUGAACAAUGGAGCAAGUCAACCUAUUAAACAUCCGACGCAUCCAGAAGUAAAGCCUCAUCGGUUUCUGGAUUUGAACGUAGCUGCCCCUGCUGGUGCGGGAUUCGAGGAUUCUGGAGGCUGCAGUACACAGCCAUACGCCUAUGGACAGGGGGAUGACAGGUCUUUCCGUUUAAAAUCUUAUGAUGAAGAUGACGAUUACUUCGGAGAUGGAGGUAGAGUCGACGUUUCAGCUGGCUACGGUAGCAACGGGCUCACUCCAGGUGUAGCCCUUGGUGGUACUGCCAAGAGGGAGUAACAAUCUUUUUUCCUAUUCCCACGUAGUUCUACCUCACAGUCCAGGAGCCCUUCUGCUUCGGUCACUGGCCAUCCAAGACGCAGGUCUGUGGUCGUAAGGCCAUGGCAGCCUCCUGCGCUAGCACCUCUCUGGGUUGAAUGCGGUCUGCACUGGCAGUACACAGAGAGGAUCCGCCUGAUGUAGUUUCCCCUGUUCUUCCUUUUCAUCCCAUGUUCAUUUGCACGUCCAGGAUGGACGUGAGGUCUUCGGCCGUAAGGCUUUGACAUGCAAUGCGAUAUGGGAACAGACACUUUCACUAUUCGGAUCUAUCUGAGAGGCGAAAAUCUAAUGCAGGAACUGGUCUGUGAUACAGUUUUUCGAAGGCUAGGAUAGGCUCAGUUCAUCAGUACAAUUUCUAUCAUCAUGGUUAAUUACACCAUCCACCCAGGGCAUGGAGUCAAUGGCCACAAGGCUUUCGCAUGCACCAAUCUAUGAGUACAAUUUCUCCUUGAUACUUGCACCGGUCAUCCAGGGCGUGGGUUGUGGUUGUAAGGUUAUUGCGGACACUUCUCUGUGAAUACAAUACCUUCCCUUCGGAGCAGCUUCAUGGUCCCAAGACUUGGUUCAGCUUCUGUGAGUCUUAGAAGAUACCUUCCAGUCUGAACAUGGUAAGCUUCAUGCCAGGUCUUUAGCUACGUGGCCAUAUACUUUUGGAAGGGAGGAAUUUUGAGCAGUGUCAAUGCUCUUUGUAUAUCAUUAGUUCAUCAUCACCUGAUGUAGAGUAGAAUCCAGGUGUAUGCAACUGUAAAAUAUAUCACAAUAGGCGGUUAUCUCAUUCGAGGAUAUUGAUUCCAGCCAUUGCUGCGAAUUCAAAGGUGACAAACUGCUCUCUGUAUUUUGGAAUUUGGAAAGAGAUCAGGGACAUGACGUCAAUGAGUUCAUUUUGUUUUUCUGUACAAGGCCUUGAUGAGGGUCUACUGUAGUGACCGUUUUGAGGCCUUGUUUACAUCAUGAUGAUUCUGUUACGCAGUUUUAGGUCAUUGUUUCUUUAGCCUCAAGUGUUUCAGUUUCAAACUUGGAGGAUAAUAUCGUCAAGUGAGUGAUACUUCUGUUAGAGCAAGGAUGAAAGGUAGGCCUUUGUUCUAUGAUCUGCGCUGGUUCGAGUUUAUUGAUAAACUUGCUGUCUGUCAUCUCUUCUUCUUCACGUCACAGGUGAAUCCUUGAAAAUUUGUUCUCUGGAUCAUUGGAUAAGUUGAAGAAAAUUUAAACCCACUGACCUUUCUAACCAACCAUUCUUCAUUUGUAGAAAUUUUGACACCUAAUGAUAUUUUGAGACACGAAUAAGAGAUUCCGCGUUAACGGUUGCGAGGUCAACACGAGGUUCUCAGACUCUUCUUUUGUAAAACCGACAUUUCAUGCUCGCCCAGCCCCAGGUCAGAAUGUGAUGACACAUUGUAGUUUCUCUCACCUGUACAGAUUUCAAAUAUGAACCCAUCACUUCCUGAGGUACCAACGGGACCUGUCAUC